GUAUUAAUCCCACAACAAUACAGGACGAUUCUGGCAACCUGGUUUUAGGGUGAGAAAGAGGCCAAAAAACCGCAUUAAAGGUUCUAGAGUGAGAAAGGUGCUAAAAUCCCAGCAUACCCACCAACCACUUUCCACUUUUAAGUAUCCAAUGAUCUUAUACAACUAUAUUUUCCAUACUCAUGGAGUACAGAUCAAUCUUAAUGUUGUGCAAAUACAUAAAGCUACCUCCUUUUUGGCUUCACAGUGUCAUGGGUGAAUUGGGUAACCAGGAUUAAAGAGUGCCUGUUAUUUUCUCUCUCUGCCCACUAAAGAUUUAGCUCUCAACAAUCUGUUCUCAGUACCCAUUGUCUCUUUCUCUCUCUUGAGUCGGUGUGUCUGCUACCUGUUCCCCAUUGGGGUUUUCUCUCCCUACCAAUUGUGAGGUCAGGCUUUGGUGAGCAUUAAUGGUGGUGGGUCAUCAGAAUUUGACAUUGAAAGCUCAUUGUAGAGUGAGAAACUUGUUUUCCUAGUCUUAAGUCAAUUUUUGGUUCUGUUCUGGAUCAUUUGUCUGGUUUUCUGGUACCCACCUGCUCCCUUCAGUGACCUUUAGUAUACAGGGUACUGUUUAGUAAAAGGUUUCUGGUUUUUUUGGCCCUGGUAAUGAUGAUCCAUGAGGACUUUGUGGUGGCCUUAUAAUGCAAUGGAGGUCGAAAUAUGUAAUUUUCAUUGAAACCCAUUUGAUCAUUUGAUCUUUGGACUCUUCUGUUCUCCAUUAUUGGGGUUUCUUCAGAACCCGUUUCACAUUAGUACUGCUAGUACUAUUUGUCUUUGGCUUGCAGUGAGAAGCUCCAUUCCCAUUGCAGUCUCUUUUGGCCUUGCUGGUUAUGUAGUAUUAUUAACUUCUAUGGAAGUGAGGUUUCUCAGAAUCUAUGGGAAAUGAAGUGAGAGAAUGCUCAGAAAUGGCUGUUGUGAAAUGCAAGGAUUCUCUCUCUAGAUCCUCAAAUGCAACAAUGUUGUCUUCAAGGCAUAGACACGGGCGUUCAAAGAGUGCUCCUCAAAGCAUAUCAAAUGUGGGUAUUCCAGAUUUUUCACCUGAGGCACAAAAUCAUCCUGGGUUGGUAAGAGAUGCGGAGCUACUUGAUGAAAGCAUCAAUGUGAAGAGAAAACAAUCCCCUACCACUGUACUCCAAAGUUCAUUGAAGCAAGAGAUUUUACAAUUAGAAAAACGAUUGCAGGACCAAUUUGUGGUACGAAAGGCUCUAGAAAAAGCACUAGGGUUUAGCUCUGCUUCCCAUAUGAAUCCCAGAAAUCAUUCAAUGCCCAAGGUAGUUGCUUUUCCUACUGAGGAGCUGAUCAAGGAGAUUUCAGUACUGGAGGUGGAAGUUGGGUAUCUGGAGCAAUAUCUUCUCUCCCUAUAUCGAAAAGCCUUUGGCCAACAUGCGCAGAGUUCUUCUUUGGUCACCACUGAUAAAACUAUUGACCCAUCUUCAAUUUCUCAAGAAAGAGAAUUUAUGCAAGUUUCUGAACUUAAGUUUGCACCAAAGAAAGCAAGCCUUGCAGUUUCUAGUCGGUCAUUUUUGUCUGAGAAUUGUUUCAUUAAUUCGGGAAAUAAAUUGGAGACUAUUAGGAUGACUGAGAAGCAGAUAGAUUCUAGUGUCCACCGUUGCCAUUCAUCCCUCUCUCAAAGAUCAACUGGUUCAAAAAGAUGGAUUUCUUCUCCUAUUGAAAGCUUCGUUAAAUCUAUACGGCCCUGCCAUUCUCAACCUUUGUCCUCAAUGGAGCAUGCACAGUAUUCAGAUUCAAGCUUGAUUAGCCUAGCUGAGCAUCUUGGGACUUCUAUAUCAGACCAUGUUCCCGAGUCACCCGAUAGAAUCUCGGAAGAUGUGAUAAGAAACAUGGCUUCCAUCUACAGCAAAAUUGCUGAGCCCAGUCAACUUAAUCUUGGCUUUUCAUCUUCUCCCACUUCAUCCCCAUCUACAAGAAGCACAUUUUCGCCACCUGAUCAGUCUGAUAUGUGGAGCCCUAGCUGCACAAAAGAAGCUCCCUGUGAUGUGAGGUUGACUAAUCCUUUCCAUAUUGAAGGGCUAAAAGAUGAUCAUGGGCAAUGCAACACAUUAGUAGAAGUGUCAUCGAUUUCUGUCGAGAGGUUGAGAUCUAGUGAGGUUAAGAGAAUGCUCCAUAAUUAUAUGUUACUUGUUCAAAGGUUGGAGAAGGUUGAUUUAAGUAAGAUGAAGCAUGUAGAGAGGCUUGCAUUUUGGAUUAAUAUACACAAUGCGCUGGUGAUGCAUGCAUACUUAGCCUAUGGAGUUUCUCAAAAUACAUUUAAAAGGACAUCUCAGAUUCUCAAGGUUGCUUAUAAUAUCGGAGGUCACAACAUAAGUGCAGACAUCAUACAAAGUUCUAUUCUGGGAUGCCACAUGCAUCGUCCAUCGCAGUGGCUAUGGUCGCUAUUAUCCCCACGGACGAAGUUCAAGAGCAGAGCUGAUCGGCAAGCAUAUUGCAUUCAGGAACCUGAACCUCUUGUGUAUUUUGCGUUUUCUACAGGAUGCUUCUCUGAUCCUGCGGUUCGUAUAUACACAGCUAAAAGAGUAUAUCAGGAGCUCGAAAUUGCAAAGCAAGACUAUAUUCUGGCUAGUGUCAGCAUUCGCAGGGAGCAAAAGAUUGUUUUGCCAAAAAUUUUCGAGAACUUUGCAAAAGAUUCAUAUUUAAAUGCAUCUGGAGUAGUGGGUAUGAUCAAACAAUAUCUCCCUGAAACUCGAAAGAAGGCCAUUCAAAGGUGUUUGAAUGGGAGAUCGCGCAAGAUCAACAUUGAGUUUUUGCCUCACAACUAUGCUUUUCGGUUCUUAAUUUCGAGAGAACUUGCUAAGUGAUGCAUUUGGAAUUCUUGCAAAGCUCGAAUUAACCUCAGGGGUCGACCAUUAAGGGUUGCCUUUUUGAUAGGGCAUGUCCUAUUCAUUUUUGUAAAGAAGUGUGCAUAUGAAUACAGGUGUUAUAGUGAGAUUUCAGUGUCUGGUCCUUUAUGGGUUGUAUUAUAUCAAUAGAGGAGCUGGUUUCUGCAAUUGUUGCAAUGUUAAUAUGUUAA